UAAUAAUUUACCCCGAAUAUGGUUUUGUAGAUCUCGAAAAUGGGUGCCGACAAUGUACAUCUUGAGCCUGCGUUAGAAACGAUCAAAGCUAUCCUAAUUCUGGAUAACAACGGGUCCAGGAUUCUUGCAAAGUACUUCGACACCAGCGUGCUGGCAACCUCCGUCGAACAGAAAAAGUUCGAAAAGAAUCUGUUCAACAAAACACACAAGGUGAACGGCGAGAUAAUCAUGUUCGAAGGUAUGAUCUGUGUCUACAGGACUAACGUAGACCUAUUCUUCUACGUGAUUGGGUCCGUAGAUGAAAAUGAACUUGUUCUCAUGAACCAGCUGGAUUCCGUCUACAAUUCAAUCUCUCAAAUCCUUAGGAAGAACGUUGACAGACGAAAUAUGUUGGAAAACCUUGAGAUAAUCAUGCUGGCCCUGGACGAGGCUGUUGACAACGGUAUUAUCCUCGAGGCUGAUCCUGCCUCUGUAGUUUCCAGGGUUGCACUACGAGGUGAUGAUAUUCCUCUUGGGGAGCAGACAGUAGCACAGGUUCUUCAGUCUGCUAAAGAACAACUUGUCUGGUCUCUUCUCAAGUGAUUGUUUAUCACGUCGAUGGCGUCAAUAGAUUCUAUCACUGAAAAUCAAUUGAUCGUCCUUUCUUCGAGAUCGUGUAAUCGAAAUGAAUAUUUUUAAAUGCACUUAAAAAGAGUCUGAAAUAUCAUCAUCAAAUACAUCCCAUACUUUUCCAUCGGAAACAUUAGUUUCUAUCGGACACCAAUGGGCCAUGAUUAAAAAGUUUAUGUUUUCAAUAUUUCAAGAUAUCAAGUUUUUUAAGAUUUCAAGAUUUUAAGGGGCCUUUGCAAAGAUUCUCCGUCAAAGAAUGAAGGGGGAGGGGUCAAGUAAAUUAUUGUUUAAAUGGGUCCUUAAUACUAAUAUACAAUCAUGAUGUUUUCCAGAUUUUUUUAUAAAGUGGACUUGUUUUCCUGUACCAGUGAAAAUCAAAGAAAAUACUGCAUUUAUUUUCUAUAUAUUCUAUAUUAAAUUUUACAGAAAA